AUGUGGAGUGGACUACUGCCUCCUGGCCUAAAUGAAAGUGAUGUUGAGUUGAAUUCUGAAGAUGAAGCCACACCGGAAAACUCGGCACUUCCCUCGCAGGAAGCUGAGGAUCAAGUGACCAGAAAAACAGAAACCUCUGAUUUCCCACCAAAUGGACCAAAACCGGAAACAGAGGCAAAUGUAAAUGCCUCUCAAGAGUGCCCUUCUGGAAUUCCCUUAAACAUGUGGAAUAAAUUUCAAGAAUUGCAGAAAAAAAAUUUGGAACAGAAAACCUCAGCCUCAGGCUUCAGGCGGAGAAAAGGAAGACGCUGUAGGAAAGGUAAAUUGAAGAGUGAAGAAGCAACUCAUAGUGAACAGUCCCCAAAUGAAGCACAGUGGAAGGAGCUUACUCAGUAUUUUGGAGUCAAUGACCGAUUUGACCCCCCUGUGAAAAAGAAAAAGAUUGACAAGUCGGGUCUUGAAAAGAGAAUAGACCAGGCUGUGGACGAGUGGAAUAUUGAGAAGGCCGAGGAGCUCAGCAACCAGCUCGCUACUCGAGAGCUUGGUGUGAAGAUUGCCAAAGCUAUUGCCUGCCACAACUUUGUAAAAGCCAAAAAGGAUGCUGAAAAUUCACAGGUUGUUCGAAAGAAGAAGAAACUUGCAUGGGGAUUUGAAGCAAAGAAGAGAUGGGAAACCAAAAGCAACAUGGGCUACAUGUGA